CUUUUCAAGAAUAUGACAUUGACUAGUGACUUAUCAGAUUCCGACUGAUUUCACUCCUAACUCCCACCUCAGGUCUAUGUUUUCGUCAACGUAGUAGGUUAUGUUUCUGAUAACAAAAUGGUUAAUUCAAACGAAUCAUCAAAUAAACCAAUACUUUAUGAAUUGUUAGAAUAUUUUAUUCGCGAGCAAGAGCCAGAAUUAAUAAAAUGCAAAAAUGAUUCUGUAAUAUUGCCUACGACAGGGACAAUAAAAAAUGCACUUAGAUAUCUUAACAAUAGGUAUUCUUUACCAGAAAGUAUAUCACAACAAAUUAGUUUUACUUUACCAUGGAAAUUUGCAAUUGGAGAUCAUGGACGUUUACUUGCUGUUUUACAAGAAAAUGUCAUAGAAAUUCGAAAAGCAAAAGAUGAAUAUUCUUCAGUUGUUGGGAAAGCUUCCGUACCAAAGGAUGCUUUUCCAGAAUGGCGUAAACUGGUUUGGAGUCCAGAUGGAACACUUUUAGUAUUAGCAUCUAGCAAUGGUUAUGCUUCCUUUUACAAUGCCCUGGGAAAUAAUAUUUUUAAUAUCAGUCCAAAAACAAUAUCCCAAAACCCUCAUAUUUUAGAAGCUGGUGAUGCAAUAGCUUCUAUGAUAUUUCUCAAACCAAGGACACAGUCUGACAAAUGGUCUUAUGAAUUUAUGUUAAUCACAUACAGUGGUUUACUCAAAUCAUAUCACAUUUCAACAACUAAUGAAUUUGAAGCAAAUUAUGAAUUUUCUUUUGGCACUUUUUAUAAAAAUGGAAUAAAUGCUGUUGUUUAUGAUGAAAAACAUAGCUUAUUUUAUGUUGCUGGAAAUACAAUAUCACAGAAAUUAAUGUCAACAGCCUCAGACAGUGGAUUAACAUCUUGGCGACCCCUUAAUGAAUAUCCAUAUUGCAAGUUGUCAUUUACUUUUGAUGAUGAAUCGAAAACUAAGUCGAGAUUUUCCAUAUGGAACAUUAUCCCCACACUGAGCUUGCAACCAGAAUCUAUCAUAUUUAAAGUAAAAAUCUCUCCAAAUAAUAAAUUUUUAACAUGUUUACAUACAGAUGGUUCAAUAUCUUUAUGGAGAUUACCAACUUUGUUGAUACAAAGAAAAUGGAAAUUAUCAGAGCAACCAGACUUUAAUAUACCUAAUCCUUUAGGACAUGCAAAAACAAAAAAGUUUCCACCAGGUGUUACUGAAUUCCAUCCAAUAGAUAUUGGCUGGUGGUCAGAAGAGGCAAUUAUAAUUACAAGAUGUUCUGGAUCCACUUCUGUAUGUUCUACAACCGACUUAAAGAAUCUUUUAGGUUCAAGCCCUGAAUUUUUAGCUGGGCAACCACAAAUACAUGAACUUGGUUCAGAUCGAGGUUUUUUAUGCCUUGAUUGUGAAACAUACAUAACAAGUAAAAAACGGAACAGAGAAUCUAAUACAGAAAAUCAAACAUCAGAAGCCUCUUCAGAAAGUGAAGAAGAAAGUGAUGAACUACAACCAGCUAGUAUAUUAAAUUAUACAACGAAUUUAAUGCAAAGUACCUUGUAUUCUAUCACUGACAUUGAAAGAUUUCAGCCUAAAAAGAAGAAGUCAAGAGUAUUAUUUAGAACAUAUAGAAUCCUUGGACUUAAAAGUACUACACCUGAAGAACUUUAUUCAAGAAAAAUUGAUAUAGAGGAAUAUGAAGAAGCAUUGGCUUUAGCAAAUACAUAUAAUUUGGAUACAGAUUUGGUAUAUCAGACACAGUGGAGAAAAUCUGAAUUAUCAUUGAAUGCUAUUCAAGAACAUUUGAGUAAAGUUACAAAAAGGUCUUGGGUCCUACAUGAAUGCAUUACUCGAGUUCCAGAUACUAUCGAAGCAGCAAGAGAAUUAUUAAAUUUUGGUUUAAAAGGUGCCAACCUGGAAACUUUAGUAGCAAUUGGAACCUGUGACAAUGGAAAAUUUAUAAUAGAUAAUACUGAUGAAGAAUGGAGUGGAAUGGAUGAAGCUAGUAUAAGCUUAAGACAGAUACAAAAAAUAAAUCAAGCGCUGCAAAAGAUCGAUAUUAAACAUUUAUCUGACGCUCAAAAGGAUUUAAUUAAAUAUAGAAGGAAGCUUCUAGAUCAUCUAGAUAAGUUACUUACAUACGAAAUUAUUUUAAAUUCCUCGUUAAAGUACGAUAAAAACUUUUACGAAGAAUUUCGACAGCUUUCAGCUGUUGAAAAUGCAAUUAAAUUUGCGAAGGAUGGAGAUUGUCGGGGAGUUGAAAUUAUGUUCACUUACUACGGUGAAUGUUUGUUACCUCAUUGGUUAGCUAUUAUUAGUUUCUUUCCAGAGACUUUAAAUCCAUUGAAGUAUAAAAAACUUCUACCAGAAUGCGACAUUGAUGGACAAUUGUUUCUGUUUGAUCAGCGUGAAUUACGACAAAAAGAUUGGGCUGAGAAAGCUGAAUUCAAUGAGAUAAUUAAUUUAGAAAGCGAUGAUAAAUCACAAUCACUUUAUGAAUAUGAUCCAUCGUUAACUAUAUACAGAAACACAUUACUUACACCAGAAUUGUUACAAAAAUGGUACGAGUCGCGAGCUUAUCAGAUCGAGAGGAAUAGUUAUAUGAUUGAUAAUGCUUUGCAAUUGAUAAAAAUUGCCAAAUUACAUAAUAUUAAUGGAUUAGACAAUUUGUUGCUAGAUUUGGAAACUUUAGACGAUAUCAUUUACAAAAUUUAUAUAGAAGACCUAUCUUUAGAUCAAUUACAAAAAUUAUCUAAUUUGGAAAAAAUUAAAUUGCUAAUGAGCAUGACUAGUGAAGAAAGUUUUGUUGAUGAUAUAAAAAGUUUUCUAUUAUCAUUUAUAAAAAGAAGAAGUCAGUAUCUGGGCGGAGAAUUACAGAGAUAUUUAUUUAGUGACUAUUUAGUGUCUAUUAGUAAAGAAGACUUAAAGUUACCAGUUAAACUUUUUGAAUACUUAAAACAAUCUCAAGAUGAUGAGAUUCUUCAAAUGAUAGAGAAUAUUGCGAUUUUAGCGUUAGAUUGCAUAUACGCUUGCAAUGAUCCUAAUAUGUAUGAAAAAGCAACACGUAUUGUAGAUUCCAUCGCCAAAGACCGUGAAAUGAGAAGAAUAGAUGCCAUAAACACUCUACUGGAAGAGCUUGAUAAAGAACUUGAAUGUGCAAAAAUUUUAAAUAAAUAUGGCGUUAAAACUACAUUACAUGUAUUGCGAAAAAAUAAAAGUAAUCCUGAUGCUGCAAAACAACUACUGAUUCAAAUGGCAAGAAGUUUAAACAAAAGAGCACCACCUCCAGAUGAAAAACAAUGGGCUCAAUUAUUAAAUGAAAUGUUAGAAAUUCAUGGUCUAAUUUUUACAUGUGUCGACAUAGAAAUUUGUUUUGAAAUCUGUGUAUCAGCACGUUUGGUAUCAGGAGUUAAAUCUAACAUACAAAAUUGCACUGCUUUAAUUGAGACUAAGAAAAAUGAACAGUCUUUAUUGAAAGUGUCUUAUGAAAAAACGGUGAAUUUAAUUUUAGAUGCUAGUAAAGAGUAUUUUAAUAGUUCAAAAUCCUUAACUGACUCUAAUAUGGAAUUAGCUAGAGCUUGCCUUCAUCUAAUCAUAGAUGAUAAUGCACAGAUAAAAGAAGAGUACGAUCUCAUUAACUCGCUUCAAAUUUUGAAUGAAUUCUAUAUUGAUAUAUUACCACUUCAAGUGCGAUUAAUGCAAGACAGACUACAGUUGAUAAAGGACUGUUUAAAUAAGAGGGUAGAUGCUCAUAAAAGUCGUCAGAGAUUAUUAACGUUAGCGAAUUACUUACGAAUAGAGAGGAAUAAUAGUAGAAUGCGGGAAGGAAAGGUUUUGGAGUUAAUUGCGAAAAAAGCACUUGAGGUAAAGGACUUUAAUGUUUGUGCUGCUACCUGUCAGCAAUUAAUGCAAAAUAACUAUAUUCCUGCCUGGACAGUUGCUUUAGAAUUAGGAUUUUGUGGAGAUUACGAAGAUCUGAAAACUAGACAAAAAUGUUUAUGGUUUGCAAUAAACAAUGGGCCUAGCGAUAUGCUGAGCAAAGCACUAGAUCAAAUAUAUUUAAUAGAAAUACAAAUGUUACAUAAAAAUUUAGAAUUGUGGAUACCUCCUGCUUUACUAUCUGAUGAUUUCAAUGAUAGUGAAGACGCAGAUAGUGAAGAUGAAUUUAUAGAUGCAUUAACUACUCCGCAAAUAGAAACUAAAGAAUUUGUCCCAAAAGUUUUGGAAGCUUCUACUGAGAUAGUAAAAACUUCUGCAAAUGUUAUGAAAGAUUCAGCAUUUAGUUUAAUAAAAAAUAUAAGCGACACAAAUUUUUGGAAGUCUAGAUUAAAAUUUAAUUUCUCAAAUAAUCAGGAUAAUAACACAGGAUAUGAAAAUCUUAUAGAAGAUGAUGACAUUCAAAGUUUCCCAUGUUUUUAUGAAGAUUUACAUAAAAAUUGUAAACUUAGUGAACUCGACACGAAAUACGUAAAUUAUUCAAUGCCAGAUUUACAAAAUACGCAGCUCAAAUGCUGCCGUGCUCUUUUGAGGAUAACUAUGUUGAAUGAAACAUUUUGUUAUGGUUUGGAAGUGAGUGAUAUUAAUCAUUUAUUUUUAGAGUGUACAAAGUAUACUAUACAACAGGAUUGGUUACUAGGCAUGGCAUAUUUAUUUAGUGUACAUAAGAAGUAUAUAGAAGAAAUACACAAUGUUUUAAUGGAACUGCCACAAACAAUGCUAUACAUACAAACUUCAAUGUAUUAUUAUUGUUUGGAAUUAUACAAAAGCACAUAUAAAGAUUAUUAUUUUACAGAUUUAUAUUCGUUUGAUCCGUUGAGUUUAAUAUUAAAAACGAUGAGUACAGCUCACAGAUACAAAAAAUCUGACAUUUAUGAACAAUUUGAAUAUUGGCAAACAUGUUUAUCUAAAAGCUGCGGAAUAAAUAAGACAGAAUUUCUUGAGUUACAUCACGACGUUAAAAUGGAAAACGACAAUAAGAUUGAAGAUCAUCAAAAGUCAGAUGAAUUUAAUAUUGUUCAAGCACAAAGUUCAAGUGUAUUUACUGGAAAAUCAAAAGAGGAAGAAAUUUCGACAGAAAAUUCGCGACGUAACGAGAAAGAUAAAAUUAAGAUGAGUUCAUCUGAAUCUAAUGACAAAAAUGAUAUAGAAUGGACUGAUAAUUGGGGCAACUUUUCAGAUGAAGAUAUAAUAGAAAACGUAGGGAACAAAAAAGAUAUUUUAAAUCAAGAACUGUGUAUAGAAAAUAAUACUUCUCUAAUAAAAGAUAUAGGGGAAUGUGCGACAGAAAAAGAUCGCUUUGAAGCUUUUGAAAAAAUAUUUAGUAAAAUAAGGAAUGUUGAUCAUUUUUAUGAGGCAAAGAAAUUGUUAUUACAAUGGCCACAAUUUGAAGAUUCUCAAUAUACAAAAGUUAAUAAACAUCCAAUUUUAAAAAUGAUGAAACUAGUUAAUGCCUUUAUUAUGGAAAAAGAUAAAAACAAACAUAGCAAACAAAGUUUUGAAGAAUAUAAAGAAUUAAUAGAAGCAUUAUCUUCAACAAACGUACUCAAAGAAUUUUUGAACACAGAAGAAAUUCCUCUUGAGCACGCAAUUUAUAUUAGGUUGGAUAUGGAUAAUUCAGAAUUUCACAAAGAAGCAGUAAAUAUUCUUCUGGAAAGACAUAAAGAAUUAACAUUGUCAGCACCGAUACUAGAAAUGUUAUUUUUGAAAAAUUUAACAGCAUACUUCGACCCGAAUCACGAAAUAUUUAAUCGAAUCAUUGAACAUGUCUUUGUGAAUCGAUCUCUAACAGAUGUAAAGGAAAAUGCAGAAAUUCUUAUACAAGAAUUAAAAAAAGGAAAGCAUAUAGCGCAUGCCUUAUGCAUAAUUAGAUUAAUGGAAGAUAUACCACCAUCUUUAUCUACAUUUAGUACUUGUUGCGAACUUUUAAUGAGGAAAUAAAUACAUACAUUCAUUCUUUCCUAUGAUUUUAACUUGCACGAGAUACAAGUUCAAAAGAUCACUUAUUUAAAAUUUGUAAUUGAUAUUUUUAUUCGUGAAAUGUAAAAGACUUUGUUAAAAGAAGUAAGAAAACAGUAAUAAUAGUUAAUAGCUUCUAUAUUUGCAUCUACGUCCUUAAAAUUCAUAUUUACAUACUAUGAAUAUUUAUUUUGUACAAUGUGUUAUUUGUAAGUAUAAGCGUGAUAUGUAUAUUGAAAUAUAAAUAUUCAA